AUGCUGAUCAAACAGUACAAUGAUGAUUUUAACGAAAGAUCAUCAGAGGAGAAAACUGAAAUGUCUAGAGAGGAUUUGCAUUUCAUGAACAUUGUCAAUAACUCUACAAAACUUAUUAAAGGUCAUUAUAAUAUUGACUUACCUUUCAGGAGUGAAAGCCCCUGCUUUCCAAAUAACAUCUGUGUUGCAGAGCAGCGCCUCCAGAGCCUCAGAAGGAGAUUUGAAAAGGAUGCUGAGUACAAGGAGGAAUACACUGCAUGUGUAAACAACAUGCUGCAGCAAGGACAUGCUGAGGCUGUACCAGCAGAGGACCUACAGAAAGGUAAUGGACAACUGUGGUACAUUCCUCAUCAUGGAGUGCAUCAUCCCACAAAAGGAAAGUUGAGAGUUGUAUUUGAUUGUGGAUCAACCUAUAAAGGAGCAUCACUGAACAGUCAGCUUUUACAGGGACCUGACCUCACAAACUCUCUGGUUGGAGUUCUCAUUAGAUUUAGAAAAGAGCCUGUUGCACUAAUGGCUGACAUUAAUGCCAUGUUUCACCAAGUUUAUGUCUCUGAAAAACAUGUCAACUUCCUCCGUUUCCUGUGGUGGCAUCAUGGUAACACAUCAAAACCUGCACAGGAGUUCAGGAUGUUGGUUCAUUUGUUUGGAGCAGUGUCUUCACCCAGCUGUGCAAAUUAUGCUCUGCAAAGAACUGCUGAUGAUAACGCACAACAGUUUCCAGCUGAAGUGGUUGAUACUAUCAAAAAUAACUUUUAUGUGGAUGACUGUUUAAAAUCUGUUCCCACAGAAGAAGAUGCAAUUCACAUGGUGAAGAGGCUGACGGACCUCUGCUCUAAGGGAGGAUUUGUGCUCUCAAAAUGGGUAAGCAACAGUCGCACAGUGCUCAUGUCCAUUCCAGAGGAAAGGAGAGCAAAAGAAAUUAAGAAUCUGGAUUUGGACACAGAUGAACUUCCGGUCGAGAGAGUACUGGGUUUACAGUGGAGCAUCGAAACAGAUGAGUUCAAGUUCAGAACCUCUGUGCAGGACCGCCCACAGACCAGAAGGGGCAUUUUGUCUGUGGUUAGUUCACUAUAUGAUCCCUUGGGAAUCCUAGCUCCCUUCAGUAUGCCAGCUAAACUGCUGCUACAAGAACUUUGUCGACAAAACUUGAAGUGGGAUGAAGUUAUUCCCCAUUCUCUUUGUAGGAAGUGGCUCGACUGGCUGGAGGACCUCCAGCUGAUCUCCAGUUUUAAGGUGGAUCGUUGCAUCAAACCAAGCUGCAUCAGGAAACCAGACAAAGGACAACUUCAUCAUUUCUCUGACGCAAGUCAAGACGGCUAUGGAACAGUGUGUAACAGAGGAAAGUUUAUUGAACAAAAGAUGGCAGAUCUGCCAGAAGAAAGAGUCCUGCCAGCCACCGCUCCUUUUACAAAUGUUGGAGUGGAUUACUUUGGUCCUGUAAGUGUUAAAAGAGGACGAAGCCUCCUGAAAAGACUCUACAGCUCCAAGAGGAACAUGGAUGAUGGCCAAGGUCUUGAGCGUAAACCAGGAUGCAAAAGGCUUGGUCCGCUCUGUGCGAUUACAAACAAAGACCAGUGUUCUCGAAAGACCCGUGACCAAACUUGUUUUGCUACUGGAAGCAUCAACCUGAAGAAUUAA